AUGGAGUACUGGGUGGAGUUAGCGGUCCAUUACUUGAGCGAUGAUGGUCAUUUGUGGUGGCAGGCCGCUGUAGGCCGGAGGGCGGUUUGGACUUGGGGCGACUUCCUCGUGGAUUUCAACGCUAAGUAUUUCCCGAGGCAGGCGCGAGACUGUCUUCAGAUGCAGUUCAUGGGGAUCGAGCAGGGUACGCGUUCUGUACGCGAGUACGAUGAAGAGUUUAGCCGUCUGUUGGUCCAUGCGGGUUUUAGCACGGAGAAUGAGCAUCAGCUGACAAACAGGUUCCUUGAGGGACUUUGUAUGAGUAUCUGGACGCCGUGCAAAGGUGGUAGGUAUACUACGAGGGUGGGUCUAGUGGAGUUGGCAGCGUCAGUUGAGGUGCAUCCGAGUGGGUGA